CAGCAUGUUUGGCAUUAGGUUUAAUCGAAGAUGAUGAUGAAUGGAAACGAGCUAUGAAUGAAGCUGUUGGAUGGAUGAUGCCUCGACAACUUUGUAGAUUAUUUGUGCGAAUAUUAUUACAUUGUCAGUCACUACAUCCUGAAGAUUUGUGGGAAAAUUUUCAAGUAGCAAUGUCUGUGGAUUACGUUCUACAUUUUGGUAUUUUACAAGGACAAAAUAAAGCUUAUGCGCAAAUUAAUAGUAUGCUUCGUACUGAAGGACACGAUGUUGCUGCUAUAACAAUUGAGCCAAUAACAGAAAAUGUAAUUAUUGAUCAUGAUGAGAUACGUGAGUUUAUAGAAACUCGCUAUGUUGGACCUGUAGAAGCCAGUUGGCGUAUACUUGGGAAAAAGCUACAAGAUAAAAGCCAUACCAUAAUGCGUUUACCAGUUCAUCUUCCUAAUGAACAAAACGUUAUAAUUGAAAACGAAGCCAUUGAAGAGGCAAUGACUUCUGCUUUAAAUCAAGCUACAAUGUUGAUUGAUUAUUUCUCAUUAAAUUCUCGCGACGAAGAAGCAAGACAAUAUUCAUCUGUAGAAAUUCCAUGUUAUUAUACGUUUAAAAAAGAGAAAAUCAAUGGUAGAAAUGUAUCGCAUUGGAUUAAACGCAAAAGUCAUUAUAAUUGUAUAGGACGAAUGUAUUCCGUUAGUCCAACACAAACAGAAUUAUUUCAUUUACGACUAUUAUUACUCACUGUAAAGGGAGCUAAAAGUUUUAUUGAUUUAAAAACUGUAAAUGGAGAAGUUUGUCAAUCAUUUUCAGCGGCAUGUCUAGCUUUAGGUUUGAUUGAAGAUGAUGAUGAAUGGAGACGAGCUAUGAACGAAACUGUUGGAUGGAUGAUGCCAAGACAACUUCGUAGAUUAUUUGUACGUAUAUUAUUACAUUGUCAACCAUUGCAUCCUGAAGAGCUAUGGGAAAAUUUUAAAGUAGCAAUGUCGGAAGAUUAUGUACGACACUUUGGAAUGUUACAAGGACAAAUAAAAGCAUAUGCGCAAAUUAAUGCUAUGCUGUGUGCUGAAGGCAAAAGUUUGGCUGAUUUUUCACAAAUGGAACAAUUGCAAGAAAAUAACGAAGAACAUGAUUAUGUGACAAUUGAAGAAGCUAUAGAAGUUGGUGGUUCAGCGACAUUGUUGCCAGCAGGAAAAACGGUUCAUAAGACAUUUGGAUUGCCGGUUCCAUUAUUUGCUGAUUCAUCAUCUAGCAUUAAAAUCCAAUCAAAGGAAGCUCAAUAUUUGAAAAAAAUAAAUAUUUUUAUUUGGGAUGAAGCGCCAAUGGCACCACGAUAUGCUCUAGAGAUUAUGGAUCGAACAUUGCGUGACAUCAUGAAUAAUAAUUUACCUUUUGGUGGAAAAAUUAUUGUAUUAGGUGGUGAUUUUAGGCAACUUCUUCCUAUUAAAAUACAUGGUACCCGAUGUGAAAUCGUGAAUCUUUCCAUCAAAUUUAGUCCUAAUUGGAAACAUUUUAUAAGUUUCUCUUUAACGGAAAACAUGAGAGUUCUCCCAGAGGAAACUGAAUUUGCAAAAUUUCUAUUGGAUUUGGGAGAUGGCAUAUUAAAUGAUUCUAAUGAUAAUAUACAACUUCCGGAUUAUUGUAUUGCACCCAUUAGUGCUGAUAUUGUAGAAGAUAUAUAUGGUGAUCUAAUACGAAAUAAAGAAUUUAAUAAAAUGGCUAAGUGUGCAAUACUUUCUGCAAGAAAUGCUGAUGUCGAAGAAAUUAAUAAACGAGUUGUUGAAUUAUCAGAUAUAUCUGAGGAACAAAUUUAUACAAGUACAGAUAGUACUGAAAAUUGCGGUGAUAAUUGUGAUAUUAAUGAAGUUUUACUACCAGAAUAUUUAAAUACUUUAUCUCCAUCAUCUCUUCCUUCUUAUGAAUUACGUUUAAGACCGAAUUGUAUCAUUAUGUUGAUUAGAAAUCUCAGUAUCAAUGAAGGUCUUUGCAAUGGGCAACCUGCUUCCACCGGCUAUACCCCAGGGACGCCGAGAGCUAGGACUGAUCUGGUGGAUUCUAGGGGAAUGACGUUAGGCACGGAACUAAACUUUACUAGAGUAAUUUUACUGGAUGUUAAUUCUAGGGAUAUGAGCAUGCGCAAUUAG